AUGUUCUCUAUGCUGGCACGAGUUGCAAGAGAAGGUUGGGCACGCCCUGUAUCUGCUCUCUUGAGUUACUGCUCUGAUCGAGGGUGCAAGGGUGAAGAUCAUUUGAAAAACCUCCAUUGUGCAAUACGAGUUGUCAAAACAGAAGAGAUCCUGGACAUCCUGUGGUCAGAUGCGAGAGGUGCAACCCGUGCAGCCGUGAUGCGGCGAGCAGCGGCCAUGGGAUGGCUCACUGUGCUGGAGAAGACCCUACUUAAUUGGAAAAAGUACCCAUCACUGGGGUAUUAUAAACAAUGUGCUUAUAAUGUGAGUGUUCUGAAGCCAUCAAAACGCAGUAAUUUAGAGGUCAUUGAUGCACUGAGGGUGUGUACACAAGAUCUGGUAGCUGUGAAGCUGUUGAAGGCUAGUCCCAAGAUUGCACGCUCAUAUGUUGGUGAGGAGAUCAUGUGGCGUGCUGCCGAAAAUGGGUGGUAUCGUGUGUUACGCAAGCUCAUCAAAAACGGUGUUGCUGUUGAUUCCAUUGGGCGUGAGGGUUCCACAUCUCUGCACAUGGCUAUUGCCAGGGGUCACGAGGGAUGUGUGCAUACACUAGCCACCAAUGGGGCAUCACUAGAGCUGAAGGACGAAGAUGGGUGGACGCCGUUGCACUGUGCAGCGGAUAGGGGUAACAAGCGCAUGGUGGAGAUUCUGCUGGAAGCAGGGGCAGACCCCACUAUCAAAGAUCCGUUUGGGUUGACGCCGUGGGAUGUUGCCACUUCUGGAAGCAUAAUGGCUUUACUCCCAAGACUGAAGUGAAAGCAUGUUAAAAGACAGAUGCAGUGACUUCCGUCAUAUAUCAAGCUUAAAUGGUCUUAAUGACGAAGAAGGUGACUUGAAAAGCAGUAGUAAUUGCAAGAAACAGAAGAUGUGUUCAAUACCUCACAUUCAUAUUGACGUGUGUUGUCUAACAAAUAAGGCGCAACUUUUCAUUGGUAUCAUCUUUGCACUCUUAGUACAAAGAUGUACAAUAUAAAGUAAUAAUAAUCAUUUAAGAGGGAAAGUUGACUGAUGUACAAUGUUGGUGCGUGCCUUCUUCCAGUCAUGUUGUUCUGGUCAUAUUUGUAUAUAUAAAUAGUUGGCACCAUCGAAAAGCUAGGAGAAAAGUUUGUACAAUAUUGUAUAUUUAGAAACAAAUAAUUAUAUAACUUUUUGUAUUUCUAUUUUUAAGAAAAACAUUUAUUUUGUAAAUUGAAAAAAUGUUAAUGGUAUUUGUGUGACGAGGUUGUGGAUUGAAAUUGCUAUGUUUGGGAAGUUCCUCAGUGUGUCUUGCUUCCGUCUCCUUAAUCCCCCACACACACACUCGCGCAUAUCCAAAGCUUUGCCAAAUAAACUGUACAUAAUGUUAUGUUAAUGACACUAAGCUUGUUAAUUUAAUUUUUUUUUAUAUUUAAAUGCAACUUGACCUUAAAUGAAGUGUUCUAAUUUGUUUCCUUUUUCCAGUCAUUCAUAAUAUUUAUUUUUAUGUGCAGAAUUUUUAAAACUUUGUUUUCAAGAAUCUCUUUUUUGUUAUGAGAAAGGAUCUCAUCUCUUCUGAGAGAAAAAGUUCUGCAAAGAAAGUUAUUAUUUUCUUAUGUAUGACAUAUGUUUGAAAAGAAGUGUGUAUCUAUUGUCUUUGAAUUUCUGAAGUCAUGUUUAAAAUUCUAAAUAUCCAAACAUUUAAAGAUUGUUAGAUCUGAAGCUGAUUCGUUAAUAAAUAGUUUAUUGAUUAAUGUUUGUAAUUGCUGAAAAUUGUGUUCUCAUUUCUAAACAUCAUUAUUCUAUACAUUGAUAGAACAGUACUUAUUAAUAUCAGAAGAAGGUUUGGAAAAAUCCAGGGUGAUAAAAAACAAAGAAAAAAGAACUUUGGGGCGGAGGAUAGUUGGAGAAUUUCUUUUUUAAUUUAGUUCAUACAAAAUACUAAAGUUUGUUUUAAGAACAAUCAUAUUGAAAUAUAUUCAGUACUUCCUGCAAGUAUAUAUAUGGUGCAUCCAACGAUUAUUCCCCUUCUCUCCAAUUUUAAGAUUUCAAACUCGUGUAAUAAUUAUUGGUAAAAUACAUUUUCCUUCAUAUUAUUGUGUUUGGGUAGUAAAGUAACAAAUGCAAAGUAAUAUGUAGCAAAGUUGCAAAAUCAUUUCACAUUUUAUUCUAAGGUUAUUUUGUACUUGUAAAUGUUUGUAUGUGAUUUUGUUAUGAAAUCAGAGGUGUCAAUAACAGCAAGUAGAAGUUUGUUUUUUAUUGUGAGUUUAUUUAAUUUGAACCUUGG